AUGUCCACAUUUGACUUCAUCGUCGUCGGGACCGGCCCAUCUGGCUGUGCCCUCGCCACCGGCCUCGCAAACUCUACCGCAAAGCCCCGCGUCCUCCUCCUAGAAGCAGGCGACAAUUACGAAGAUCGCAAUCUUCGCAUCGACGGCCAGCGAUGGCUCACCUUCCAGGAGCAGCCAAUGAACUGGGGAUACAAGACCACCCCGCAGCCGGAGUGCAACAACCGUGAGAUCGACUACAGUCGCGGCCGGUGUAUGGGCGGGUCAAGCUCCAUCAAUUUUGGCGUGUACAGUAUCGGGGCACGUGACGAUUACCAAGAGUGGGCGAGAAUUGUCGGGGAUGAGACUUUUGCGUGGGGAAAUGUCCAGCAAAAGUUUAAAAAUCUAGAGACGUUCCAUGGGGAGAUUCCGGAGGGCAUAGAUAGGAAGUAUGCAGACCCGAAGAAGGAAGAUCAUGGAAGUGAGGGCCCGUUGCAUGUGGGCUUUGCACAGGAGUGGGAGCGGGAUUUAACAGACGUCUUGGAUGUGUUCGAGGAGGCUGGGUUUCCAUUGAACCCAGAUCAUAACUCGGGGGAUCCAAUCGGGAUGUCGGUGUUGAUUAACUCGACGCACAAGGGGUUGCGCUCAACAGCCGGGGACCUGAUUAAGGAGAAACUGGAUAAUUUGACUAUUGUCACUGGGGCCCCUGUGCAGCGUAUCCUCUUGGAGGGGAAGCAGGCUGUGGGCGUUGUGUCGAACGGGACCGAAUACCGCGCCGAAAAGGAAGUCAUCUUAUCCGCCGGUUCGCUAAACGAUCCCCGCAUCCUGAUGCACUCAGGCAUAGGCCCCGCCGCCCAACUCCAGCAAUACAAUAUCCCCGUCGUUCACGAUGUACCAGCCAUUGGCCAGGGGCUCCGAGACCAUUGCUUCGUACCAAUGGUGAACACUCGCACAGAACAUAGCACGGACCGAAAAGCCUUUUAUGGCGACAAGGCCGCCAUGGAUGCCGCGCUGGAGCAAUGGCAGGAAGACGGGACAGGGCCUUGGUCGAAAUUUGCCUGCGAGUUGGGCAUCGGCUGGUUCAAGCUGACUGAGCAGCUCACUUCCUCAUCAGAGUUCAAGGCCCUCCCAGCAGAUGAGCAGAAGUAUCUUCUACAGGAGACCGUCCCUCACUACGAGAUCCUCACCCAUUUCCCUGUUCACUGGGUCAUCCCAGAUUUCCCGCCCGAGGCAUUGAGCUACUCCUGUUUGCUUGUCUUCUUGUUCAACGCACAGACUCGCGGGGAAGUCACAUUGCAAUCGUCGGAUCCCGAUGCUCCUCUCUCUUUCAAUCCCAAGUUCCUGGCCCACCCAUUCGACCGCCGACUCGCGAUCGAGGCUUUGCGCGACUCAUUCCGCAUCGCCAAGCACGAAUCCUACACAAAGGACAACGUGGCAGAGUUGGCAAUGCCCAAGGGCGAGUCAGACGAGGAUUUGCUCGAAUACUGGCGGCAGAACAUCUCGUCGAGCUGGCACAUGACGGGCACGGUGAAGAUGGGUAAGAAGGGUGACGUGGACGCGGUCGUGGAUCCAGAUUUCAAGGUCACAGGUAUUGAGAACCUGCGUGUGGCAGAUAUGUCGGUCGUGCCUGUGUUAGUGAAUGCGCAUGUUCAGGCUACUGCGUAUGUCACUGGUGCACUUUGUGCAGAGAAGUUGAUCAGCCAGUAUGGCCUUUCGAGGUCCAGCCUUUAG